AUGGCGAAUCUGGACAUGGCCCUCGACGACCUAAUCAACAAGAACAAAACUUCGCGACCCGCCCCGCGUCAGUCCGGCCCGGGACCCGCCCGCCGCUUUCCCGGCCGCUCCGCCAACCGCGCCGCCCCCUAUUCUUUCGGCGCCGCUCGAGCACCGGAGAAUCAGUGGGACCACGGCAUGUUCGCGGUGGCGCCGACCGGGUUCCCUGCUCGAGUGGGAGCUAGGGUUUCGUCGAUUGAGACGGGGACCAAGCUGUUGAUUUCGAAUCUGCAUUACGGGGUGACUGAUGAGGACAUUGAGAUGCUUGUUUGUGGAUAUGUUUUUGCUGAUUUUCUGCCUAAAAUAGCUGAAUCUUACGUUUGA